GCUAUGCCAAGACCAGAAGACUCGGGACCGCCCGAGCUUUUUUAUGAUGCAAAUGAAGCCAAUAAAUAUACCUCAAAUACUAGAAUCAUUGAGAUCCAACAACAGAUGUCUGAGCGUGCACUUGAAUUACUAGCAUUACCUUGCGAUAGUCCUGCGUUAAUUUUGGACCUAGGGUGUGGAUCAGGACUUAGUGGAGAAGUCUUAGAAGAAAAUGGACAUUUCUGGGUAGGAUGUGAUAUCAGUCAGAGUAUGCUGGAUAUUGCUUUGGAACGAGAAAUGGAAGGCGAUGUUUUGUUGAGUGACUUAGGACAAGGCGUAGGUAUGUUCAGACCAGGAAUGUUUGACGGAGCUAUCAGCGUAUCGGCUCUUCAGUGGCUCUGCAACUCAAACUCAUCCAAGGAAAAUCCUUUCAAACGGCUCUUUGCCUUUUUCACCACUCUUUACUCGUGCCUGAAACGAAACGCAAAAGUGGUCUUACAAUUUUAUCCUGACUCCCCCCAACAAGCUGAGCUUAUCGUACGACAGGCGACGAGAGCAGGGUUCAACGGAGGUCUCAUGGUUGAUUUUCCGAACAGCACGAAAGCAAAGAAAGUGUAUCUAGUUCUGUCGUGUGGUGAUAUGACGUUUCAAAUGCCUCGUGCAUUGGGAGAAAACGAUGGAACUCAGUGUGUAUAUACUGCGAAUGAGCGAGUGAGGCUCGGAAGGGUUGAUAAGAAAGCGAUGAGCAGAAAACAAUGGGUGCUUAAGAAGAAAGACAGAAUGAGAAAGUUGGGCAAACAAGUCGCCAAUGAUUCGAAGUAUACUGGAAGAAAACGCUCAAAGAAAUUCUAAAUUGAUUGUUUUCUUUCAAAUUGUGAUACACCCCCAGACAGCAAUUAAAGUAGAAAUUAA